GCCAUCCUCCGCCUCGCGUGCAGUACAACGCUCGCGCGCGACAGUCGACCGCCGGAGGCUCGAAAAAGAAGGGCAAGAGGAAGCAGAAUCCUAUCCGAGAUGACGGUUUCGACGCGAAUGCACCUAUAUUCAUCCCGAAGUCGAAGGAGGAGGUGGAGUUGGGUCGGAAGGAGAGAUUAAGGGCAGAGCUUGCUGCUCAGUCCGAAUCCAAAUGGAGUAGCAAGAAGCGCAAGAGAUUGGACAAGUAUAUCGAGAAGAAACUCAAGAAGGAAGAACGGGUCCAGAUCUUGGAAAAACUGGCUCAAACGCAGGCUACAUUGCCGAAUUCGUUCCAUCUCCAAUCUUCUUCGACUCUCGGGACAGGCAAGACUACAUCGCAUAGCGACUACCUGGCGAAAGCCGAAGACAAGGAAGUCCGAAGAGCUCUCGACGGACAGACGUCCAAACGGCGCCGACAGCCAGACUCCUACACUGUGAUCGAAGCGGACGAAGACGACGAGGACGACGCUGACGAGAGAUCUGACUUGGUGGAAGACAGUGCAGUACCUCAACUAGCGCCCACUGUGAAUUCCGCAACCGCCGUCGGUAGCGCUUUGAAGCGCAACGCGGAUGGAUCGGUGGUUGCGCCAAAGUUUGUUCCCAGAAAACGAGAUAAGAAGCUCUCGUUCAAAAGCUGGAGCAAGCAUAGACCGGCACCUGUCGUGGAGGAAGAGUCCGAUUCAUCAUUUGACAGUUCUGACUCUGGUAACGACAGUUCGGGCGACGAAGCUGAGCCUGAAGCGGAGAAUGAUGUUUCCUCUGAACGAGAAGAGGAUGAAUCCCCCUUAUCCGAAGAUGACCCGGCAGAACCGGUAGAAACGGCAGUCUCUCUGAAAGUCAAGUUCAAAGAUUGGGCGCAAAAGCAGCUCAGUCUUUCCAAAGGCUACAUAGCAGACCCAACAAUUCCAUCCCCUACAAUUACACCUCCCCAAGCAGACGAGCCCACACAGCCUCCCAGGAAAAAGCGAAGACUGUCAGAUCCGAAGCCUCCCGGAACAAAACAUGGGCCCCUGGGAGUAACGCUCGAGCUCCCCAAUGGCGCAUUUGCCCAGCACGUGCUUGAGUCCUCUUCGACGUCGUCACUGAAAUACGUGACCAUCUCUCGCCCACCGGAUGUGGACGAUGCUCGUAGCGAACUUCCGAUAGUGAGGGAGGAGAAUCGGAUCAUGGAGAGCAUUCUCUUGAAUCCAGUCGUUGUCAUUUCUGGUGAGACGGGAAGCGGGAAGACCACCCAGGUGCCACAGUUUCUCUACGAGCACGGAUUUGGCUCGCCUGGAAGCGACAACCCCGGCAUGAUCGGUGUUACGCAGCCCCGACGGGUGGCCGCCAUGUCCAUGGCAGCGCGAGUUGCGCACGAGAUGGCAUUGCCCACAUCGCGUGUUUCCUACCAAAUCCGCUACGACGCCACGGUCUCUCCAACGACGGCUAUCAAAUUCAUGACUGACGGAGUGUUGCUGCGCGAACUUGCGACCGAUUUUCUCCUGACCAAGUACUCGGUCAUCAUCAUCGAUGAAGCACACGAAAGGAGCAUGAACACAGAUAUCCUGAUUGGAGUGCUCAGUCGUGUCUUGAGACUUCGCGAGGAAAUGUGGCUGGCUAACAAAGCUGACUUCAAGCCUCUGCGGCUAGUCAUCAUGUCAGCGACGUUACGAACGAACGACUUUGUACAGAACAAGACGCUCUUCCCAGCCCCUCCACCUCUCAUCGUCGUCGAGGCCCGUCAGCACCCAGUAACGGUUCAUUUCAGCCGGCGGACCGUCGGUGACUACGUCACGGAGGCUGUCAAGAAAGCGACCAAAAUCCACACGCGUCUGCCGCCUGGCGGCAUUUUGGUCUUUCUGACCGGACAAAAUGAGAUCACUGGAGUUUGCCGACAGCUGGAGGCCAAGUUCGGUGCCAAGGCUCUGGAGAGGAAGCGGCGGGUGAGAGAACAGGACGAAAGCACUGUCGACGUCUUUCAGCCUGCGCACGGCAAGUCUCUCCUUGGAUCUCAUCGCUCUCAUCGCUUACCAGGAUGCAGCCGACGUCGAGGCCGAAGAUGUUGAACUUGGAUCUGGUGAACUGGCCCUCGACGUGGAUGACGGAAUGGGCGAGGAUGAUCCUGAAGCACUGGAUACCGACGAGGAAGAAAGCGAAGAACACCAGUUGGACAAAGAGCUUGGGCUCGACUCAAACGGCUGCGAUGUGCCGAUGCACGUCGUGCCUCUGUACUCGCUUCUGCCGAGCGAGAAACAGAUGCAGGUCUUCCAGCCUCCUCCAGAGGGCAGUCGGCUUGUAGUGGUCUCGACCAACGUAGCCGAGACAUCGCUCACCAUUCCGGGGAUUCGCUAUGUCGUGGACUGCGGGCGAGCGAAAGAGCGGAGGUACGAUGUCGCCAAUGGCAUUCAGGCCUUCCAGGUGGGCUGGAUCUCCAAGGCAUCUGCUGCCCAGCGAGCGGGCCGAGCAGGCCGAACGGGCCCUGGCCACUGCUAUCGGCUGUUCUCGUCCGCGCUCUUCGAGCAUCACUUCGACCAGUUCGCUCAGCCGGAAAUCGCGCGGAUGCCCAUCGAAGGCGUCGUUCUCCAGAUGAAAAGCAUGCACAUUGAUUCUGUCGUCAACUUUCCUUUCCCCACGUCCCCGGACCGGACCACACUCGCCAAGGCCGAGAACAUACUGACCCACCUUGGAGCCCUUGCAGAAGGAAACGCCAAGAACGAUGGGCAAAUCACCGACCUGGGGCGUAUGAUGGCUUUGUUUCCGCUCUCUCCGCGCUUUUCGAGGAUGUUGGUCAGCGGACAGCAGCACGGGUGCUUGCCGUACAUCAUAUCCAUUGUCUCGGCACUGUCUGUCGGCGACCCGUUCCUCCAUAACGAGCACCUGGGCGAAAAUGACAAAGAUGACCGCAAGGACUUCUACAAGACUCAGCAUCAACAUUCGUCGUUGGGCAACUUCACGAGCGACGUCUUCCGCAUCUUGUCUGUCGUCGGCGCAUAUGAGUUUGCCGGCGGGGGAAUGCAGUUUUGCCAGCAGCAUUUCGUGCGGCCCAAGGCGAUGGAAGAGAUUCAUAAAUUGCGUGCCCAAAUCAGCAACAUCGUUCAGGCCAACUUCUCGAGUGUCGACGCUGGAUUCGAUCCGAAGCUGAAGCCUCCAAGCGAACUGCAGCUGAAAGUUCUUCGGCAGCUGCUCACUGCAGGAUUUAUCGACCAAGUAGCCGUGCGCAAGGACCGACUCGACAAGAGCGGCAGCGGCGGCUCCGGAGCCCAAUACACGACAGCCAAAGGGGUGGCAUACCGAGCCAUGGGGAUCAACGAGGAUGUCUUCAUCCACCCUUCGUCUGUCCUCUUCAACGUGUCACCCCCCGAAUACGUCGUCUUCAGUGAGGUGGUGCGGACCAGUCGCUUGUGGAUCAAGGGUGUGACCGCCAUCAACCCGGUCUGGAUCUCGUCUCUGGCCAAUUCGUCCCUGUGCACCUUCUCCAAGCCCACAAAAAACGGCAAAGGAGAUCUCGUUGUCACGCCACGAUUUGGCAGCGAGGGCUGGGAGCUGCCACCUGUGAAAGCAGGCUCAGUCAAGUCAUAAUAUGUGUUGUAGUAUCAAGUAGCAUGUGUGUACCUGGGUCUGAAGAUGCCAUGUGAGGAUCAUAGCGGUGCUGAUAAGAUGAGAGAUCUCCCAUCAUUCGACCCACUGCGACACGUGAUGCUCCUGAGUCUUACAUUACUUUCCCCCUCACAAGUAGCACAAGAUGAGCGAACAGAUCGCAGCGGGGAAGUUGACUGCGGAUGCAGUAGCAAGCGCCCAAUUAACCAAGCUUCUCGCAUUCACGCUUUCUCUCGGAAUAAUCCCAUUAGGCUCCUACUUUGCUUCUCAGAAAUACCUGUGGAAUGGCAACGCAACAUACGCCGCUCUGACGGCGGUCGUUGGAGCCAACGUCGUUCUCGUCGCAUACAUCAUCAUGUCCGUUCUCGAGGACCAACAGUCGCGCACGCCCGUCCCGGAAUCAAAGAAGGACAAAUAAGGAAGGGAUUACAGGUCGGUGCUCUAUUACCCGAAAAAAGUAUCUAGGCCAGUUAACACCGCGUUGUCGACUGGCAUAAAUAGGACUGUUCAUGAUUAUACGGCAUAUCCCCAAUGAACAUUGACAGAAGGCUGGGACGGAGGUGCCGGCGAGAGUUGCGGUUGCUGCAGAAACACGUCAGACAUGACAUAUGGACUCAAUGGAUGCCAGACAUACCGGGCGACCGGCUGGACGCAAGACGGCUGGUGUCUUUUGAGUGGCUGCGAUGUCGCUCGACGCAUUACGAUGCGUGAUGGCGUUCAACGGGGCCAAAUGGGGCACGGACUGUGCCGUUCGAAGGCGAAGCGAUGUAGUUGGUGGCGUGCUGGGAUCUCUGGGCAAGGGUGAAAGACGUGAAGGAGAGUAGGAUUGCCGAGCGGGAUAUGAAGCUGCGUCAAUGAAAGACCGAGGUGUCGUCGGUGUCGCUACAGGCGUGGAAUCCCCAGAACUUAACAGCGGGGAAGGGGGAAGCGGUGCUAUGCUCGGUGUCGGGUGCAGCACAAGCGGUUUCGGUGUUCCUCGCCGCCGGACCCGGAGAGGCGGAGGCGACGGAAAUAGGGCUAAUGUGCGCCGUUCGCUCUGCCCUGAUUCGUCUGUCGAGGCCUCGGAGUCGGAGUCCAGAUCGAGCGCGGGCCCCGAGGCUAGGUAGGGCGUCGAUUUGGUGUAAUGCAGGCUGGGACGGCCGCCAGCGUGCGAUGCAGCCGCCAGACGUCGCUGAGAUGGGAACGGAUCUUCCCUGGUUUCUUCCUCUGCUGCAUCUCGAAUGAAGCCUUCCCACACAUGAUCAAGCUGGGGCACGCGGUGGAUUGCCCUCACCGGACUCCUCAUUGAACUGGAGCUGGAACUGGAACUGGGCAUGGCAAUAGACCCGUUCUGAUGCCUUAUAUCCGCAUCAUUCCAGUCUAGAUCAAGCGACGGUGGACGGGCGGGCCGUCGAGGCUGCUCUAGAGGCUGACGGUUGGGAGGUCGCCGCGCGGCCGAUUGUCGAGGAGACCGCACUGCCGGCGGAGGGAUUAAAGCAAAGGGAUCGUCCAUGUCGUCCACAUGACUGUGGCCCGGGGCAACUCCAGAAAUAGAGUUCUGGUGGUAGGACGGAACGACUGUGGGCGGGCUCGAGAGAGCGUCGGGUGCCUUGUAUUUCGAGACAUGAGCCUCCGAGACAGACCGGGGGGUCUGGGGACGGUCUUUCUUCCUCCAGCUGCGGAACAUUGGCAGAAAGAGACGGAGAUGGAGGUGAUGGGAGAACGCCUAAGAAGCUUGGAGCUUCCCGAUCUUAUAGAUGGACUUUCACUCUACUUGUGACCCUUCCGAGCCCAUCGAAGGCCUACUGGGAAGAUGGGAAUCAGUACCUGGGAGAGAUUACGACAGAUGAAAAGAGAGGCUGUUAUUGUUACCCCCUGAGACUCCCAGGAGCAGAUAUGUGACCAAGCGAUCGCCUUCCCCUGAAGCCUUGCACGACCGAAAGGGACGCAGAGCGAGCAGUAAAAGACAGUACAAGGCCUGCGUCGUCGUCACAAGAAAACCGCGACCGUUCCGCGGCAAACAAAAGAUCAGGGAUUGAGAUAUGUCGUGCAGCUGUCUUUUCGUUCCUGAAGGGCUUGAUUGCCAGCUAAACUUGGCAGUCCUGCAUACCCGGUGGCUACCGUGUCUGGCAUCACCGUGGAGAACGCUCGGAGCCUGCUUACUGGAGCAUGCGUUGUUUGUAUAACAUGGCAUGAAGAAAGCGAACGGCAUAGUCCAGAACGAUGACGCUCCGGACCGAACCGAGCUGCCAAUGUCUGACACCGGAUUUCUGACCAUUUGUGAACAGCGUCUUUGAUUUAUA